AUGUUUCACAAGUCCGAAACAGACAUUAUCGAAGAGAAUGAUUUGGAUUGGUUUGGCUUACGCUUUUGUGAAGAAUAUGAGGAAGAAGAAGGUGGGGGAGAUUACAUGGGGAAUACGGUUGAUGAAGGUGGUGGAGAUUCCAUGGAGAAUACAGUUGAUGAAGGUGGGACAUCAAGUUUGGAAAAGACGGAAAUGGAAACUGACGAAAUGAAGGAUACCAACCAAUUUUCUAAGUAUGAUUUAAACGAAAACCCAUUGUUGUUGAGUAGAGAUGGCAUGGUUGGCCAUGUUUUUCAAUCACUGGACAUGGCUAAAGAAUUCAUUCAUGAAUAUGCAAGAUUCAUUGGGUUCAGCCUACGUAAAAGUAUCAUGCGAAAAAAUACUACAGGUGAUGUACGUCAACGUCAGUGGGUAUGCUCCCGCGAGGGCUGGCGAUCUGAAAUGCAUGUGGGAAGGCUUGAUAAAACUAGGGAGCCUAAGCCAAUUAGUCGAGUGGGAUGCAAGGUUUGCUUUCGAGUGAACUUGGUGAAGGGUAGUACGCAUUGGCUAUGCAAAGAAUUCAUCCCAUUUCAUUCUCACAACAUUGUAGCAGACAACCAUAAACAAUUCCUUCGGUCCAAUCGGGUAAUGACACAAGGAACCUUGACGACUGGACAAAUAAUGAAGGAGUCAGGCAUAAGAACUUGCCACAUCAUGUCAUACAUGGCAAAGCAAAUGGGUGGUUAUGAGAAGAUUCCAUUCACACCAAAAGAUCUUUACAAUCGAAUAUCCCAUGCUUCAAAAGUUGAGUUUAUCGGUUCCAAUGCAGGGCGGGCAAUCGGAUAUUUAGAGCAUAAAGCUGAUGAAGACCCUGGUUUUUUUGGACAGUUUUCGUACAAUGAGGAUAAUCGUCUUCUUAAUUUAUUUUGGGCAGAUGGGAGAUGUAGAUCAGACUAUGAAACAUAUGGCCAUGCAGUAGCUUUUGAUUCGACGUACAAGACUAAUAGUUAUGGGAAGCCGCUGCUGGUAUGGAUAGGAAUUAAUAACCACUAUAGCACAUGCAUUUUGGGCUUUGCCAUUCUUGACAAUGAGUCUGGCAGCAGCUACAAGUGGGCGACAAGGGCUUUCCUAGAAUGCAUGGGAGGUGUUCUACCGAAAACAGUAGUGACAGAUGGAGACAAAGCUAUUGCUAACACGCUACAGGAGUUGAUGCCUGAUGUACCCCACCGAUUGUGUUAUUGGCAUUUACACAACAAAGCUGUUUUAAAAGUGAAAGAUCCAUCUUUUGCGAGUAGGUUUACCAAAUUGGUAUUCCGGUACUACACAAAGGACGAGUUUGAAGAUAAAUGGUGUGACUUAGUGAAAGAUUUUGGGAUACAAGGCACUGAAUAUGCUACAAAGCUUUAUGUAGACAAGGAGAAGUGGGCUGAAACAUUUCUGAGAGGGAAUUUCUUCUGUGGAAUGACAACUACUCAACGAAGUGAAGGUAUUAAUGCGGUGUUGAAGAAAAAAGUGAAUCAAAAGUUGAAGUUGUACGAGUUCGUCAGGGCGGUCAACAUGACCUUAUCUUUAAUUAGACAACGUGAAGCAAAGGAUGAGUACAUUACACUUCACACUAGUCCCCAGCUCGGGAAGACAAAUUUGCCACAGAUAGAGGAUGAAUUAGCAAAUAUUUACACAUAG